GGCAGGUGGUGUGCGGCUGUCGAAACCCAGGCACCACAGAGGAAAAGGUGCAUUUUGUCUGGGAUAGAAACAAACAAGUAGCAUCUGUCGCAGUGCUACACGCGAUGGUAAAACUGCGCUGAGGGGUUUGUUCAGAUCACCAUGGCAGCGCUCCGAAGACUCACCUAUCAAUAACGACGUUUGAAGAGAUACACGGGCCACACUGUCGGUGAUGGAGUUCCCCCAGCAUUCCCAGCAGCUCCUGACCGCGCUGCGUUCCCAGCGUCAGCGAGGCUUCCUCUGUGACUGCACUGUCCUGGUGGGAUCGUCCUGUUUCAUGGCUCAUCGUGCUGUCUUGGCCUCCUGCUCGCCUUUCUUUCACAUGUUUUACUCAGAUUCCCUAGGGAGCAAUGGUGAAAACAAAUCUACCAGCUCUGUCACACUCGACGCAGACAUUGUAACGGCUGCUGCCUUUGGCUUGCUCUUGGACUUUGUUUAUGAAGGUGUGCUGCCGCUGGAGGAGUCCCCACCAGUGGAGGACAUAUUGGCGGCUGCGAGCUUUCUGCACAUGAAUGAGAUGGUGAGAGUGUGCAAAAGACGACUGCAGAGACGAGGGCCUCUGGCUGAGGCAGACAGCACUCGCUCCGAGGAGAGUGCCGGUGUGAGGAAGGCAAUAGAGAUGGGAAGAGACAGUGAUGGUGGUGGAGCUCAGCCUGUUGUGGCCAUGGCAGGAGAUCGCUUGAAUUCAGUUGCAAUGGCAGUGCGACUCUCACCAGUGGCGGUGAGGAGGCAGUUGGAGUCUGUCAAGUCUGAGAGGAGGACUAGUGGGGGGUCAUUAGAGGCACGGAUUCACACUCUUCUGAGCCCUGAUCUUGCUGAUACCACUCAGCCAGGUAUGGAUGCCCCUCCUUUGCCCCCAGGCAGAGAGUUUGUGCAGGGCCUCAUCACUGGUCAAUCUGUCCCCGCCGCCUCUGGAGGUCACACGAGGAUGGGAGUUGGAGGUCAGGGGGAGGGGUCGGCACUCAGCAGCCCCUGCAGCACCACAGAGAUGUACAGCAGCAACCAGCAGCCCUCUUCCUCGUCUUCCUCCUCCCUGAUCCCUGUGAGUGUGGCUGGUGGGCGGUCAGGGGUUGCUCUGUCAGAGUCCAGUCUCUCUCCAAGCCUUCAUCAGGACGUACCACGAUUACCCCGUGACAAUGAUGUUCGGAAACGCUUAGAGACUGACCACAGAGGUACAUCAGACGGAGGACAACAGAUGGUCAUGUUAAUCCACGCGUCAGCACCCAUCUCACACUCACAAUCCAAUCCGACACAAUCACCAAUCCAGCGUGCGCCUCCCCAAAUCCGAAUCCAGAACACUUUGUCACUCCAAAGCCAAAGCUCCGACUUUCACAUUCACUGUCAGACACAAAACCUUGGGGGACCUGAGGGGGAUACCGGAGCUUCACCCACCACAAGAAAUGUGGGCAGAGUGCGUACAGACAGCAGUAAUGACAAGAAUGUGAUAGUCAAAGUGGAGGCCAUAGUUAUAUCUGAUGAAGAGCUGGAGGAGGAGAACAGAGAGAGAGAACCAGUGAUGGAACUGGACAAUGAUUUUGAAGACGACAUCCAGGAAGAGGAGCUGAACAGUCCUCAGUUUCUCCACUCCCACCCGCAGGCCCUACUACAGAUGACGUCCCAUUCAAAUGACUACUCCUUCCCCCUCUCUCCCUCCUCUUCCUCUUCUGGUGCCGGCCCUUCCUCCCAGGAAACCUCCUCUUUUGCUGCCUCCCUCAUUACUCCGUCCACAGCUCAGCAGCAUUUAGAGACUCCAACGUACUACCAGGACUCUAUGGGUAACUUCAUGGAGGACGUCCCCACUUGUGGCGUCUGUGGAAAGACAUUCUCAUGCACGUACACACUAAGGCGCCACGCCAUAGUGCACACACGCGAGCGCCCUUACGAGUGCCGCUACUGCUAUCGGAGCUACACACAGUCCGGCGACCUGUACAGACACAUUCGCAAAGCUCAUGACCAAACGCUGCCGGCCAAACGCAGCAAGGCAGACAUGGAGCCCUCCCUGCCCCCACAACCACCACCGGAUCUCAGUUAACACACAAUAUUUUCCAUAGUUAUUCACACACACCAAAACUUUAAUCUGAUAUACUGACUGUAAUAAUGCCUUCCACCCUAAAUUGAGUGGGGCUGCAGUUAGCGAUUACUUUUUCAAUCAGUUGAUGAAUUGUGUCGACUUAAAAAUGUUACAGAAUGGUGAAAAUCUCCAUCACAAUGUCUCAACGCCCAAAAUGGUUUCUUCAAAUGUUAUUUUCUUAUUUUAUCCAACCAAGAGUUAAAACUGAAACACUUUAUAAAACUACAAUAAUCUAAAUAUUCCCGUUUUAGAGGCUUAAUUGAGUGAUUUUUCCCCCCCCCAGUAUAAAAUAACAGCCAAUCUGCUUUCAAAGUAUUACAUUUCUGAAAUAAAUACUUAGAAAUCCUUUUAAAUAUAUAAACACUAAUCUGUUUAUCUUGACAGUUGCAUUAUUUACUUUCUUUCAUACUUAACACUACAUUUGAACAUUUGACACUUCCCUGAAAGGACAAGGCAAACCUAUGAUAGAUUUUUUUUAAAUUAAUGUAACAACAUUUUAAAUCAAAUUUCUAAAAGCACUCUUCCCUCUUGAGACCCAGCAAAAUGCAUGCCCUUAGUUGCGCUGCCUCUCAACCUUCAACCAAAAAAGUAUCCAUCUCAUUUUAUUCAAAUAUCUAAACCUGGACUGAAGUCACCUCGUCUGUCUAUUCAAGUGAGGACGUUUGGGUCCACAUAAGUACAAUGAAAUACAAUCAUUAAUACUGAGAGUAAAUACCAGGGAUGUCGCAGUGAAAUCUGCUCAAAGUAGCACAUCGUAUGUCAAUGUAUGACAGGAUACCUGUGCAUUACUCUUAAUAGCUAAACUCAUUUGAUAUUCUACACUCAAACCAUCAGUUUAUGUUAAAGCAACACUAUGUAAUUUUUACUGAGCAGCAGCGCCCUCUGCAGCUGAACAUGGUGAUUCAUUCUGUUGACUUUGGAGAAAAAACUAAGUCUAUCCAUGUGUUGCACAGUCCCACUCACUGAACUAAACCACAACUGAGCGGUGGAUAUAACCCCAUGAUCCCCGGCUUCCUGAAACAGAGGCUACUCUCUGUUCACUCUGUUCAGAAUUCUUCAUAUUUGAAGUUUUAGUGACUUACAAGUCUAUUUAACUGAUCUACAGUUAAGCAUUACUUUUUCACUUGCUGUGUCUGAUGCUGGUCAGUUACACAUUUCUCACCAAUCGUAUCCGUCACCAAAAGUACAUAGAGGAGAUACAGACGUUCAGGAUAAGGAGUGGAAACGAAAGCGGCAUCAUUCUCCGUAGUUCCAGUCAGUGAACCAUCGAAACUCAAUUCGAAGCUGCUAUUUUAAGGUUAAAAAGUUGCUUAGUGUUUGCUUGAAUUGAUAAAAUUGCCUUUCCAGUGUGACUGUGUGCCAGCAGAGAUCGACCUAUGUCCUACCAUGGUGUACUGUUUGGGGUUUUA